UAGUAUACCAUCUGCAUGAGUUUAUUGAAUCUACGAGCCGACCCUUAAAGGGUGAGGUUAUGUUUAAAAUGUCAGUUAAAUGUUAAAAAAUAGGAUUUAUCAUGUCUUUAUACGAUGAUUUUGACAAACAUCGGACCACCGAAAAGGUGGCGGGAUGGUCUUCCGGCAUUAAGUUACUGCAAUCGCAAUUGCAGCUGAAAAAAGCUGCAACAACACAACCAAAACGUGAGCAAUAUAGGAAAGCUACUGCGGUACUGGCACCAGUGAUAGAUUUGAAAUCAAAAGCUAAUCGCGAUGUCGAGAGGGAGGACGAUAACGCUCACAACAAUCCGUUAUCCAGCGGCAGCGUGAGUAGCAUAGGAGUAGGUGGUGAAUUUGAUUGGAAUGUAGUGAACGAAUACGAUCCUAUAUGGCCCAAUGAAUAUGAGAAGGUCGUGAAAGAAUUGCGCGACAUUAGGGACAGAGAGCACGAUCAGGAGACGGAAAUGCGCAAACGUAGAAGAGAUAAUACUCGUUUUGAGGACACUCAGCAGAGUGGUGGAGCUAGUGGAAACAGCACAAUGAUACCUCCCGAAAGAGACGAGGAGAGAACGCCUACUUCGAGGGGUAUAGUAGGGGGCGCUGCUAUAGCGCCGCCACCGUCCUUACAAGAACCGACGGAAUUGCCACCCCCGCCACCGCGACAGCCGCCGACUAAUCUGGGCUACUCGACGUCGUCCGUAGCGGCAAAAAUAAUGGCCAAGUACGGCUUUAAAGAGGGACAAGGUCUCGGCAAGAAGGAACAGGGCAUGUCAGUGGCGUUGCAAGUGGAAAAGACUAGUAAACGCGGUGGAAGAAUAGUCGGUGAGAGGGAACAGCUGAUGCCACCACCGCCACCUCUUACAGCUUCGCCGCCACAGAUGCAAAUGCAGCAACAGCUACUGCAAUCGCAACAGCUCCAGGAAGAACCUAGUAUUACCGAGAUAAUGAAAUGCCCAAGCAAAGUUGUUCUCUUGCGUAACAUGGUUGGUCCGGGAGAGGUCGAUGAUGAUCUCGAACCGGAAGUGAAAGACGAGUGUAAUACUAAAUAUGGCGAUGUCGCACGUGUUAUUAUUCACGAAGUGAUGGAAGCUCCUCCAGAGGAGGCAGUACGAAUUUUUGUUGAAUUCAAAAGAAUAGAAAGUGCUAUUAAAGCCGUGGUGGAUUUAAAUGGACGUUUCUUCGGUGGUAGACAGGUCAAAGCGGGAUUUUAUUCUAGUGAGAAACUUGAUAACUUACAAUUGAUGGAUUAAUUUUGUCUCUAAGAAUUUCCAGCUUUGUUCUUUCGCAAAUUGUACAAAAAAAUAUUUUAUAUUUUCACUACAUAGUAGUAGCAAGUUAUUAAAAAAUAAAUUUUGUCCAAUU